UCCCGGGCCCGCGGGGCCGGUGCCGCCGCCUGGCCGUGCGGUGGAGCCUGCGGCGGUGAGCAGGCGUCCGGGUCGUGGAAGCGAUCCGUCCCUGUGCCCCGUGCUGUGUUGGCACAGUGGGAUUCUGUCCCUAUUUUGUGUUGGGCGACGCUAACCCAUUUCUUCUUUGAUUGUGUGAAAUUUCUGUAAAUUGGUAGAAGCGAAUUCUGUUCCGUUGCUUCUGUUGGUUUUAAGUUAAGCUCUGAGUGUACAGCCGUGGUUGCCAGUUACCAGCUUUUUCCCGUGAAUGUCGGGAGUCUUUUGUGUCUGUCUAAACAGUGCCUGAUUUCUCCUACCCGCUGGCCCCACAAUCGUUAUUCCUUAACUGGCAGGGUAUUUUUAAGAACGAGUAGCUUUGUGUCUUUUUGCUUAUUUCUGGGCAAAGGCAGUCCCUUCAGCCCGCCUCCGGGGCGCGGCCGGGCAGCCCGCCGUGGGGACCCCGCCGUGGGGACCGGGCGCGCCCUGCGCCGCCGCGCCGACCAUGGCGGGAGGCGGAGGAGGAAUGUGGGGUCGAGGCCGGAAAACUUGGCUCCUGCAUGGACGGUUUAGGGCCCUUGGAUAAACCAUUUCAGCUCGGACUCAAGUCUCUUAUUUUGACACGGGAAUAUUAAUUACAUCUACUCCAUAGAAUUGGUGUGAGGUUGGCACCGUGUGAAAAUUGCGUUUCUGGACGAGUGUUUUGCUGAGCGAGGGUUCGGAAGUGGCGGUGAGGACUUGGGGACAGUCGAACGGCUGUGAGGCACAUACCUGCAGAGUCGACAGGAAAUGCAUUCACGGCUAAUGGGUAACUGGGAAAGGGAAAAAGAUCCUCUUUGCUAUGUGGAGAAUGGAUUGGCGAAGAGAAAGAAGUGGGAGACCAUGGGGGAAAGUGUUGCAGAAGCCCAGAGCACUUUCAAACCAGUGCCUGGGACCGACUGGAACACUGACUGACCCAGGCGUCUGGCUGGAGACCUGAGCUGGGAGAAGGAAGACGCCCCUGGAAGGGAAUGGUUCCUGUCAGAGGUGUCUCAGACACAAGAAGCACAGGGAAAUUACAGAGGAUAACAACAUGGAAAAGAAGCCCCAGGAUGGUAGAAAAGCUCCCCCCCACAGAGAAGUGCCCCCAGUUGUGGGGCUGCUGCUGGCCGUGGCCCUCAUGAACGCACUCCUCUACCUCUGCCUCGACCGCUUCUUCAUUUCCCCUCGACGGGCCCCAGGCCGCUGUCCCUACGGUUACUUCAGAAUGGGACAGAUGAAGAACUGCUCCCCGUGGCUGUCCUGCGAGGAGCUGAGGACAGAAGUGAGGCAGCUGAGGCGCGUCGGGGAAGGAGCCGUGAAGAGAGUCUUUCUGUCUGAGUGGAAGGAACACAAAGUUGCUCUCUCACGGCUCACCAGCCUGGAGCUGAAAGAUGAUUUCCUCCACGGGCUGCAGAUGCUGAAAUCCUUGCAGAGUCAGCAUGUUGUCACGCUGCUGGGCUACUGUGAGGAAGACAACACUGUCCUUACGGAAUAUCACCCCUUAGGGGCCUUGAGCAACCUGGAAGAAACACUCAACCUUUCCAAGUACCAAAACGUGAACACGUGGCAGCACAGGCUGCAGCUGGCCAUAGACUACGUCAGCAUCAUCCGCUACCUGCACCACAGCCCCCUGGGCACGCUGGUCAUGUGCGACUCCAGUGACCUGCGCAAGACGCUGUCCCAGUAUCUGCUGACGCGGAACUUCAGCAUCGUGGUGAACGACCUGGACGCCUUGCCCCUGCUCAACCGCAGCUCCGGGGCUUUGGUGAAGUGCGGCCACAGGGAGCUGCACGGCGAUUUUGUGGCUCCAGAGCAGCUGUGGCCCUAUGGAGAGGACAUGCCUUUUCGUGAUGAUCUUAUGCCCUCGUAUGAUGAGAAGAUCGACAUCUGGAAGAUUCCAGACAUCACCAGUUUCCUUUUGGGGCACGUCGAAGGCAGUGAUAUGGUCCGAUUCCAUUUGUUUGAUAUUCAUAAGGCAUGUAAGAGCCAGGCUCCUGAAGAAAGACCCACUGCUCAGGACGUCCUGGACACCUAUCAGAAGGUUUGGAACUUACUCAGAGACACCAUGAUAUCUCAAACGAGAGAAAUGCUAUGAAACCAGGCCAGCGAGGGAGGGCUGAGCGUGGAGAAACAAAUGCAACCGUUGCAGCAAUUCCGCUUCGACGGAGUUUGCUGCUGUUUAGUGGUGUGGUUCUCGUUCUGCGUCCCCGGGCUCGCGUGAGGGUUCUCCCUCUCCUGGGGGCCUGGCGGAAGUUGCUAAGCAAGAGCAAACCCGCCUUGACUCAAGUCCGGCUUCACUUUCCGAGGCUGGUCUCUCCCAGAGGAAGACGCAGAGAAGCAGGAGUCUCACCAGCAUCUGAAGAAGGUAACAAAGACGGCGCUGCAAAGAGGCCUCCCUCCCUAAUGACUGAAUCUGUAAGCUUGUAAGAAAUGUAUAGAGAGAAGGUUUGUAAAUGGCAUUCUAUGAAAGAAACAUAAAGUAAGUCUCCAGAGAGCAUUUUUUCCUCAUUUUUUUAGAUGGUGAUCAACAGACGGAGUCCGGAGGAUUUGUGCCCUGUUUCACGUGGUGUCGGUGAGCAUCUUUACUGUUUCGAACCAUUGUUCUGUGAAGCUCCUGUGCCGUCCUCCUUCCAACGAGCUGGAGGAGAACUAUGACAGAUGCUCUUUGAAAUUUUGAAUGGAUAAGGAAUAUUGCAAACAGCAAGUGUGAGGGAAAUUAAUCUAGGUUACUGCCUUGGAUGGUGCUUGUGAAAAUCCUGUUUACCUUCCAGCUAAGUUUUCUGUGUCCAAAAUUAGUUACUGUGAACGUUUUACAUCAGUAGUGUCACUCCUUCAGGUGUCAAGCCCUUCCACCUGAGUUGCAUGAUUGAAUCCUUCAAAAGGCUCUCUCCUUGGUCCCUGUCAUCGUCACUGGCAGGGGAUGGUGGAUCUGGUGCAUCUUACUCAUCACUAACCAGGUGGUCACAGCCGGCGCUGAGGGGCAAAGACGCUGUGCAGCAGACUCUGCCUCCCCUGCGCUCAGGCGGCGUCAGACUCACUGGGGUCACUGGAGCUGUCCCCACCCCACAGCCUCUGACUCAGGAGGUCUCGGGCAGAGUCUGAGACUCGGCAUUUCCUCCUGGCUCCCAGGUGCUGCUGGUGCUGCUGCUCUGGGGACCACAUUUUGGGAACCACUGCCGUUAACUGUCAGGAAGGAGCCACAGGCAGAGGAUAGGGCGGUGCUGUCAGUAUUGUCCGCUGUCCUGCUGCCAGUGGGUGACGGGGCCCUGUGGCUGCUCAGAGAGUGCCUGCCCAGAGUCUUCUGUCACUUUUGUUAUAAAAACUCCACCACAACCCACUAUGCUGGCUGUGAUCAAAAGUGUGGACAAUAGUAAGUGUUGGCUGGGAUGUGGGGAGUUGGAACCCUCCUACACUGCUGCUGGGAAUGUAAAAUGGUGCGGCUGCUUUGGAAAACAGUCUGGCUGUUCCUCUAAAAGAUUAAAAAUAGAGUUACCAUAACCCAGCACUUCCAUUCCCAAGUAUUUACCCGAGAGAAUUGAAAACAUGUCCAUAAAAACAUUUGUACACAAAUGCUCAUAGCAACACUAUUCAUAAUAGACAAAAGAUGGAAAUAAACUGAAUGUCCAUCAGCUGGUGGAUGGAUAAAGACAAUGUGGUGUAUCCACACAAUGAGACAUUAUCCAGCCAUAAAAAGGAAUGAAUUCCUGAUACGUGCUCCAACAUGAAUGAACCGUGCAAACACACUAAGUGAUGUGGGAGGAGGUAAUCGAGAGGACGUGACCGCCACUUGACCCAAGAACUGGGCAUUGGAAACAUUCUCACCCCUCCCCGUCCUUGGAAUGCGCACUCCCCACCGUUCCCACAGCGGGGGUCAUUUUCAGGGUCAUGGCCUUGAGAGAGCACUGAGUCUCAAGACCAUCUGGAUGAUCCGGGUCACUGAACCCCAUUAAGGCCUCUACAUAAACUUUGAAGAUUCUGGUGGGCAGUGCGGAGGUCGUCUGUAGCUGCCCAAGACGAGCGUCGUCAGUAAGUUCCCUCACUGAUUAAACCUGCCCCCUCCCCAUCGAGUGUCUGCCUCUUUCUUCCUUCUCUCUCUGCCCUCCGUGUGUGGGGCCAGUGUGUGAACCAACAUGUGACAGAAGCCAAUCAUGAAAGACCACGUGUUGCUGGCUUCCAUUAGUAUGAAAUGUCCAGAAUAGACAAAUCCAUAGAAAUAGAAAGUAGGUUAGUGGUUUCCAGGGGCUGGCAGGGGGUCGGGGGUGAAGGAUGGGGAGUGCUUGCUAAUGGGUACAGAGUUUCUUUUUGGGGUGAUGAAAAUGUUCUGAAAUUAUGUAGUGAUUGUAUCGUGGUUGCACAACUCUGUGAAUAUACUAAGUAACACUGAAUUGUAUAAAAAGAGCAAGUUUUAUGAUAUGUGAAUUAUCUCUCAAUAAAGCCGAAAAAACCCAACGUCUGUGACAAGGCCGUGUAUCCCUCGUGACUCUGCACUUGACGUGGGCUGUUGUCGUGUGGAGUUGAUUUGGGAUUAUCUGUUCAUGUUGUAAUUCUUGUUUGAGGGUUUUUCUUAGCUUCUGGACUUUGCACUGGAGCAAAACUAACAGUUUCAAACAGAUGUCUUUUUAAAUAUUGACAGCCAAGCUAAAAUAAACAGCAUGGUGUGGGGAAGGGACACCGCUAG